UCGCCUUAUGCAGGUGCGUUCAGUGGACGCACAGGAUCCUACAUUUGGCCGUCUUGUAGCUCCCAUUAUUUUUUCCACCACCGGUCUAUUUAUGCCUUCCACAUCACUUCCUUUCACAUUUUCCUUUAACGUUAUUUACUCCCACUACCCUCUCAAUUACCGAUUCCCAUCCAAUCUACGCUUCCCACUCAUUUUUCCUAUUAUUAUGCGAUGUGCUUCAGAAUUGAAGGUACCGCUCUCCAAUUUUAUCUACCCUUCCUUCCUUUCCACCCUUCCCUGGGGUACAGGGUUUGCCCGGUUACCUCCAUGCACCUCCACGCGGUGUACCCUGGAUAUUUACUAAGCAUGGUUAAACCCGGGAAUUUUCAUAAAAGUUUUUACUUCUCCAUUCUAUAUUUUCCUAUUCUUUUUCGAUGUGUCCUCCCAUACUUCCCUAUUUAUAGUCGACGAGUUUCAGCGUUGAAGGUGCCGCUCCUUCCCAUUUCUUUCUAUUUUCCCCUCCCAUUUCCUAUUCCUAUGCGAUGUGCUUCG